AUGGCAGAUGUACCUCAAUCACGACCUGGACAUUGUCAUUCGCGACGUCAAAAACGCCAUGGAACUCCCAAGACUCUGCUUCGCCGCCGAUCAGGUCGGAAGCCGAGCGAUGAUGUGCUCGUAUUGACUCGGCACAUGUGCUACGGCGAACCCCCGAUUCUAGCGUACCGGUGCCCGUCUUCUCGGCACAGAGAACAACGCACGAGCAAGUGCAUGUCGACAUCACGUGCCGGCAACCCUGUCUGCACUUGCAGGGCCGUGUGA